AUGGGGGGCCCAGCAGGGACCCUGCAUCACUCAGCUGCACUCAACACCCAGCUGCCCAGGAACACGAGCCUGAGCACCAGGCAUAAGACCCGAGCUCUGGAGGUGUUUGUGCUCAUCUCAGCGUGAGGAUCCCUGAAGGAAAACAGCCCCGUCUUCCUGGCCUGCUUGGUGACCGGGUACAACCCAGAGCCGGUGGAGGUCACCUGGCAGUCGGGGGCGCAGAACCAGAUCCAAACAACCUUCCCUGCCAAGAAGGCAGAGCGCGUGUUCACAGUGCUGCGCCCCAACGUGGCCGUGUUCAUCCCGCCCUGCGAUUCCUCCUCCGGACCCAGCCAGCGCAAGACCAGGCUCAUCUGCCAGGCCACGGGUUUCAGCCCCAAACAGAUCACAGUGUCCUGGCUGCGCGAUGGAAAGCCAGUGGAGUCCGGCUUCACCACCAGCCAGGCGGAGGCUGAGGACAAAGGCUCUGGGCCCACGACCUUCAAGAUCACCAGCACACUGAUCGUCACCGAGAGUGACUGGCUCAGCCAGAGCACGUUCACCUGCCGCGUGGAUCACAGAGGCGGGACUGUCCUGAAGAACGUGUCCUCCACGUGCAGUGGUGGUCUGUCUCCAGACCUCCGCGUCUUCACCAUCACCCCCUCCUUCGCCAGCAUCUUCCUCAGCAAGUCGGCCAAGCUGGGCUGCCUGGUCACAGACCUGAGCACCUCUGACAGCCUGAACAUCUCCUGGACACAUCAGAAUGGCGAGGCUCUGGAGACACACACCAGCAUCUCGGAGAGACACCCCAACAGCACCUUCAGUGCCAUGGGCGAGGCCAGCAUCUGCGCUGAGGAUGACUGGAAGCCAGGGGAGAAGUUCACCUGCACCGUGACCCACACGGACCUGCCCGCACCCCUGAAGAAGACCGUCUCCAAGUCCACGGAGGUGACCCUGCACAAGCCAGCCAUCUACGUGCUGCCACCAGCCCGGGAACAGCUGAACCUGCUGGAGGCGGCCACUGUCACCUGCCUGGUGACGGGCUUCUCUCCCUCGGACGUGUUUGUGCAGUGGGUGAAGAACGGGCAGCCCUUGACCCCAGACAACUACGUGACCAGCCCCCCAAUGCCCGAGCCCCAGGCUCCAGAGGGCGAGGUGAGCGCCGAGGAGGAAGGCUUCGAGAACCUGUGGGCCACCACCUCCACCUUCAUCGUGCUCUUCCUCCUGAGCCUCUUCUACAGCACCACGGUCACCUUGUUCAAGCACACGCCAGGCCUCAAUCUCGCCCCAAACCUCCGUGCUGUGUGGGACGUGUGUGUGGAUUCAGGAGGAGCAGCAGAGCCCCAGGAGGCGCGCCUGUCAGCACCUCGUGACCCCGCUCUGCAGGAGCACAGGCCGGCAGCUGCCCCAGCAGACGUGGACGGAGCACGGAAGUGG